AUGCUAAAAUUGUUGGGCUUCUUAAUUCUUGUAAUAGCGGCUGUGGCCGAGAACUGCGAGCCAGGCUGGAAACAGUCGCUGAUCACGAGGAAUUGCUACAAGGUCACCGAAAAAAAGGACAAUUUCCGGACGGCAGCGAGGGAAUGCGCUGACCAUGGCGCAGAGGUCACUACAGUUUUGCAUGACGAGGAGAAGCAAGCGCUAGUUGGGAUUAUCGCGGAGAAGAUUCCAAAACAAUCGAUAUGGAUUGGGAGCAUGAAGAUGUCCAAAGACCACGACGCCCCGAAGGACUAUUGGAUGAAUGGUGAGGAGCAGGCGUAUUCAACCUGGGGCGAUCCGUGGCAAAUUCCCGGCUUCUUUUGCACGUUAUUGAGUCCCAAUGGCAUAAUGCUGCACCAAUGGUGCCAGGCCAGGCUGAUGCACGGCAUCUGUAAACGUCCCUUCGGAACGAAGACGCCACGCCUGAAAGAGCCAAACUGUGAGGACGGAUGGACGGGGUCGAGACAUACCGGGAAAUGUUAUAAGCUAACGGGUAACAAGACCAACAGCAUGGGCUUCCAAGAAACGUGCUUGAACUGGAAUGGCAAAGGCGCUUCGGUGAUCUCGUACCUCGAGAAGGAGUUUAUCAUCGAACUAGCCGAGUCCAACGGCUUCAACAGCGCUUGGCUGGGAGCAAAGAGGGGCCCAAACGGCAAAUUUGCUUGGCUCGACGGCAACAAGUUCGAUGGGGCAUAUUGGUCAACCGAUGGCCCAUCGACUUCCGGCAACGAUAAAAAUUGUUUAGUGCUCUACAGCCUGCACUUCGACCAUCUGGAUAGUGGACACCGUUGGUCGGCGGCGGACUCGGCCAUGGUCUUUGCUGCUGAUGAAUGUGAAGAGGGGUGGUUACUGAAGAGGGGUUCAAAGAGCUGCUACAAGAUCAUGGACGGGACAACCUUCUGGGACUCGGAGUUCAAGUGUGCCCAACUGGGCGGUCAUUUGACUUCUGUAUUGAGUGAUGAGGAGAAUCAGGCAUUGCUUGACCUGAUCACGAACGAGAACGAGGGUAUGAUGGUGUGGGUCGGAGCCUUGGCGUACUCUCGCAAGGCCGGGCCCCGGGUGAACCACUGGAUGGACGGGAGUGAGGCCAAGUUCGGGAACUGGGACCCGGCGCCCGACUACCAGAGUGAAAAGUAUUGCGGAACCAUGUUGCCAAGCGGAAAGCUGCAAAUGAGCGUCUGCCACGAGCUAAAGAAGGGCCUUUGCAAGCGUGCAAUUGGCCAGGAGGCGCCCACUUUCACCAAGCCCGCGUGUGAAGUCGGCUGGUCGGGCUGUCCGCUGACUGGAUUCUGCUAUAAGACGACCAACGGCAGGUCGAACAGCGGUGCUGCUCAAGAAUAUUGUCUGUCGCAGGAUGCCAAUCUCGCAUCGGUGACGUCGUUUUUGGAGAAUGAGGCUGUGCUCCGCACGGCUCAGGAGGGUGGAUACCAGAAGGUGUGGCUCGGCGCGAAAAAGGUAGCCAUGGGGCGGUGGACCUGGUCCGACGGCACCCCAUGGGAUGUCGAAUUCUGGAACCCGUCGACGUCCUGGAAUCAGACAACCAAUUGCGUUGGGAGUUAUACCGAGUCCACAGACGCGGCGAAACCCGAUGAUAGAGAAGUCCACCGCUGGCAUGCGCUGGACUGUGAUGCGAAGGACCUGGUUGGAGUUUGCAAAAAGGCACCCGGCUCGACUCCCAGCAAAGAAACGAGGGCC